AUGGCGUUAGGCUUCGGAUCAAAGACCGGCAAGGUCGUCGACACUCCCACCAACGAAGCCAAGCCGACCGGCGAGGAAUUGUUCAACAAGGACUCGGAGAACGGCGGUGUCGAAAAACAGCGCCAUGGAAGCCGCCUCGAGGGCCCCGCCCGCCGCGACAUGAAUAGCAGCGACGAGGAGAGCAUUUCCGUAGGAAAGCAGAUCGAGCUUGAGGCUGGAAAUGCCAUUCAGUACCGCACCUGCAGCUGGCAGAAAACCGCCGCCCUGCUCUUCUCCGAGUACAUCUGCCUGGCUAUCAUGUCCUUCCCUUGGUCAUACUCGAUCCUCGGAUUGGUCCCCGGUUUGAUCUUGACAAUGGUCAUUGCGGCCUUGGUCCUGUACACGUCCCUGAUCUGCUGGGAGUUCUGCAUGCGCCAUCCAGAGAUCCGCGAUGUCUGCGAUCUUGGUCAGAUGAUCUUCUACAACCACCGCUGGGCAUUUUGGUUCACGGCGGUCAUGUUCAUCCUGAACAACACCUUCAUUCAGGGACUCCACUGCCUGGUGGGCGCCAAAUACCUCAACACCAUAACCGGGCACGGUAUGUGCACAAUUGGCUUUUCGGCCAUUGUAGCAUUCAUUUCCUGGAUAUGCUCCCUCCCGCGUACCUUCGGGACUCUUUCCAAGGGUGCGACCGCCUCAGCCGUCUUCACCUUCAUCUCGGUCAUCCUCGCGACCAUCUUUUCUGGCAUCAUGGAUCAUCCGAAGGGUUACCCAGCUGAAACCGGACCAAUCGACCCCAUCGUGCUAGCGAUCCCCGACAAAACCACUACAUUCGUUGCGGGUAUGAGCGCCUUCAUGAACAUCAGCUACACCUUCAUCGGCCAGAUCACUCUCCCCAGUUUCAUCGCCGAGAUGAAGGAGCCCAAGGACUUCCCCAAGGCGCUCUGGGCCGUCACCAUCGCCGAGGUCAUCGUUUUCGGUCUCGUCGGCAGCAUCGUGUACGCCUACACGGGCACUCAGUACAUGACCGCGCCCGCGUUCGGUUCCAUCGGAAACGAGGUCUUCCUCAAGGUGUCCUUCUCCUUCAUGAUCCCGACCAUCAUCUUCCUGGGCGUCCUGUACGCCUCCGUGUCCGCGCGCUUCAUCUUCUUCCGCUUCUUCAACAACACGCACCACAUGGGCAAUCACACGCUCAUCGGCUGGGCUGCCUGGGCCGGUAUCCUCGCCGUGCUCUGGGUUCUGGCUUUCAUCGUCGCGGAGGUCAUUCCGUUCUUCUCGGAUCUGCUCUCCCUGAUGAGCUCGCUCUUCGAUGCCUUCUUCGGCUUCAUCUACUGGGGCGUUGCGUAUUUCCGCAUGCGCGAGGCCGACUACGGACGCGAUUACUUCAGGAACCGUGGUAUUCGCGGCUGGGCCGGCUUCAUCUUCAACAUUGGUCUGUGCUGCAUUGGCCUCCUGUUCCUGACAGGUGGAACGUACGCGACGGUGCAGAGCAUCAUUGACGGCUACAAGGCACAAAACUUUGGCGGAGCGUUCACGUGCCAAGAUAACGGCUUGUAA